ACGCCCCGCUCCUAUACCGAACCCAAAAGUUUUGCUCCCAAGAUGCCAGUACUGCUCAACCCACCAAAGGAUGACCCUAUCUCAUUUGACGAGCUUAGUAAGUGCGACGGAACGGACCCGUCCAAGCCGGUGCUCAUCACAAUCAAGGGCACCGUCUUCGAUGUUUCACGACAUAGUACAUAUCAACCAGGAGGAUGUUAUCACGUCGUCGCCGGCAAAGAUCCAUCUCGAGCCCUCGCUAUAUCCAGCUUGAAGCCUGAGGAUUGCGUACCGGACUGGUAUGAUCUGGAAGACAUGUACAAGACCGUCCUGAGCGAGUGGUAUACAUUCCUUAGCAAGAGAUAUAAUAUUGUCGGCAAAGUACGUUUAUCUUUAUCAGGCCGUCCAAAAUCAGCAUCCCAG